UUAAUGAAUAAAUAAAUUUGGGUAUUGGGUAGGUUUGACCACUGCUCAUUUUCUCUCUCUUAAUAUUCAUUUUCUUCUUCUCUCUCCUCACUUCAAUAUUCUUCAUUCUCUCUCUGAAAUCUUCACUUCACAGCUUUUCCAAUCUGCUUUCUUUGACUCGAUAAGGUGGUUAUUAUCGACCAAUUCAAACCACAAUCUUUUUUUCUUUUCGAUUUUACCAUUUUUUUUUGCGUUUGAAUCGCUUCAGUUUGAGUUGCAUGAGCUCCCAUUUCUCCACCAGAGAUAAACAGUUCUCUACAACAACCUAGUUCUGGACAAAGGAUGGGGUGUUUCACGGUAAAGAAGAGCAAGAAGAAGAAGUCUGAUCAAUUUGCUUAUGUAAAACGCAUAAGCCAUAACGACCAUGCACCUUCGGUGCUUCCUGAACCUCAAACUCCUACUCGUUCACUACAGUCUGCACCUCCUAGUUUUAGGACCAGAGUGAAACCCAUUCAACCUGUUAAUAAAGUUGCUAACAAUAGAGCACGGGCAUUAUCUGCUCCAUCAACUCUUGAUGCAGCAGAUCAAGAUGCUUUGGCCUCAAUUGAGUAUGAGGAACAAGAAGAGUCAAGAUACCGAGGAGGAGGAGGAGGAGGAUCAAUGAAGGAACAACGUUCUGCUAGUCCACAACCUUUACCUCUUCCAUCUCCUCAGGGAGGUAGUACACUGAAAGCUAUUGGCAGCUUUAAGUUGGGAACUGCUAGUGGUCCUCUACAUGCAUCCGGACCUUUGCCGCUUCCACCUACUGGUUCACUUAGGAAUUUUCCGUAUGAGGAAGUUGCUACUGCUUGCCACAAUUUCUCUUCUGAUCGAUGCAUGUCUGAGUGUCUUUCAUCCACCAUAUACAAAGCUUACUUCGGUGAUGAUCCUUCAAGUUCAAAGAAAUUUGAAGCCACUGUCACACGCCUUCACCCAUCAUCUCAGGGCUCGAAGGAAUUCAUAAACGAGGUCAAUACUCUCGCAACUUUGCAACAUCCAAACCUUUGUAAACUACUAGGAUUUCAUGCACGUGAUAGUUCAGAACAUAGAAUGUUGGUCUAUGAGAGGCUAUACCAUGGAAGCUUGGACCGCCUAUUGUAUGGUAGAUCUGAUGGACCAUCAAUUGAUUGGAAUACAAGAAUGAAAAUUGCAAUGUGUGCUGCACAAGGUCUUACUUUCUUGCAUGAAGAAGGGCCUUUUCAGGCAAUGUAUAAUGAAUUUUCAACAGCCAACAUACAGAUUGACAAAGAUUUCAGUGCUAAGCUUUCCGGGUAUGGUUGUGUCGGACAUAUUCCCGAGGAAGAAAUUUCAAGCAGUUCAUCUGCUGUUGGAAACCUAUCAAUGGAGACACUGGAGAAAGGAAUGCUCACACCAAAGAGCAAUGUGUGGAGCUUUGGAAUUUUUCUUCUGGAAUUACUUACCGGAAGAAAGAAUCUCGAUAGUCGUCACCCCAAGGAAGAGAGGAAUUUAGUCAAAUGGAGCAAACCUUUCUUAGCUGAUAAUUAUCGUUUAUCAUUGAUCAUGGACCCUCAACUCAAAGGCCGCUUUCCAUCCAAAGCAGCAAGAACAAUAGCCGACAUUGCACAAAGAUGUCUCCAAAAGGAGCCAUCAGAUCGACCAACUAUGAGAACUGUUGUCGAGCAUCUCAAAACGAUACAGGAUUUGAAGUACUCUUGCAGGUUCCCACUUCAAGAACCGGCACCAUCAUCUGGAAAAGAAAUGUUUAGAUCACCGAGCCUUAAUGGUAUCGUAUGCCCUGCACCUAGGUUGAGUUUCUCUCCUUCACGGCCAUCUGUAGCCCCGCCAUCUGUUUCUCCUCCAAGAUGGUCCGGCGUGCCUAUCCCCCCACCUAGAGCUUGUUCGACUCUCUCUUUGGAAGAGCUCGAAAGGCAAGAAAGCCGUAAGUCAUCGUCCUCGGCCUCUCGGAGGGUUAGUGUUGAAGGAUUUUUAGUGUCUAUAUAAUGUUCAUUUUUUAUUUUUUUUGGUGUGGUUCAACACAAAUUUAUAGGAGAUAAAGAUGUGGUUCUUCCACCUUUUAAUCCCUCAGCGUGAUGCCCUGAGGUGAUGUUCUUUUGUAGAUAGUGCAAAGGUUGGUAGACUGGGUUCAAUUAAUAACCCUUUUAUAUGAAAAUUUAUAUAUAUUUUAGCAUA